CGGGCGGGGCGGGCGCGGGCGAAGGCGGCGGCGGGCGGCGCCCCCGGGCAAUAUGUUCAAGAGAAUGGCAGAGUUCGGGCCUGACUCCGGCGGCAGGGUGAAGGGCGUUACCAUCGUGAAGCCGAUCGUGUACGGGAACGUCGCGCGGUAUUUUGGGAAGAAGAGAGAGGAGGACGGUCACACUCACCAGUGGACGGUGUACGUGAAGCCGUACCGGAACGAGGACAUGUCUGCAUAUGUGAAAAAAAUUCAAUUCAAGUUGCAUGAAAGCUACGGUAAUCCUUUAAGAGUUGUUACCAAACCACCGUAUGAAAUCACCGAAACAGGCUGGGGUGAAUUUGAAAUAAUCAUUAAGAUAUUUUUCAUUGAUCCAAAUGAAAGACCUGUAACUUUAUAUCACCUGCUGAAGCUUUUUCAGUCAGAUACCAAUGCCAUCCUGGGGAAGAAAACCGUAGUUUCUGAAUUCUAUGAUGAAAUGAUAUUUCAAGAUCCUACUGCAAUGAUGCAGCAGCUGUUAACAACAUCCCGUCAGCUAACACUAGGUGCUUAUAAACAUGAAACAGAGUUUGCAGAUCUUGAAGUGAAAACCAGGGAGAAGCUUGAAGCUGCCAAAAAGAAGACUAGUUUUGAAAUUGCUGAGCUUAAAGAAAGACUAAAAGCAAGUCGUGAAACCAUCAACUGUUUAAAGAAUGAAAUCAGAAAACUUGAGGAAGAUGAUCAGUCUAAAGAUAUGUGACAAGUGCUGGUUUGAGUGUGUACUGAAAAUGGAAAGACUUCAGUCACGGAAUUGUAUGAGUUCUCUUCAGUUCUGUAACUGAGACUAUGAGAAUUUCACUGGCAAGUGAUUGAAGUUUGUGGCAAUCAACUCUAUAAAUGGAAGAAAAAAGAAAGAAUGUAUCCUUGUUUUAUAGUUAAAAUCUGUGGGUACUUAAGGAUUUAUUUCAAGUGGAAGUGGUCUUGAAGACCAGACUACUAUUUGUUUGAAAACUGCAUUUGAGUCAUGUAUGAAAACUUUGUAUUAAGUCUUGUAUUAGUUCAAUGUGAUUUUACAAAAUGCUGGUGUUUACUUUUUUUACUUUUUUUUUUUCUACUGAUUGUUUAGAAAUGCAUCUUUAAAGCUAAAAAUAAAAUACGCAGUUUUUUAUUUUAA